AAUACUUUCAAUAAGUACGUAGACUUUCGGUUUUCACUAUGUUGUGAAAGAAUAUGGACUAUUGUAUUGUAUUUUGGAUUGAAUAAUCGUGAUGACAUUUGACCUGUGUGAUGUGAAAUAAUUUAUUGGUCGAUCGCGUUAUCAAUAAAGUAAUGAUGUCAGAACCUUAUCUAAAUGAUAAACAAGCUAUUAAUUCGUCGGACACCGUCGCGCAUAGCAGGCUAUUGAAGUAUUUGCUCCCACCACCAAUGGCGGACAUAAAGUACAAAUUCGAGUACACCGCGCCAGAAAAUGUGGAAUCAGAAGUGCCAUCCGAGCAAAAACUCCGCGAUUCCUCUGCCAUUGAAAAACCAACCAUAUGGGAUGAAAAUAACAUCGAUGAUCGCGAAGACUACGUUUUAGCUCCAGUUGUGACAGUAACUAAAAAUGAAGCGACUUUCACUAAAGGAGAUAUGAAGCUUCAAAAAGUGACAGUCACAGAGAACGUUUCGGAGAUACGCAAUGGCGUAUUCCACACUAUAAAAGCACCAUCCUACCCUCCUAUCUACUCUGACGUUAUCCCUGACUCACCAAUCAGAAAGAUGGAGCCAGAAGAAAGAAAAACCAGGAUUCCAACUAGAUUCAAGAAUGCUGUCAACAGAGUGAGGAGGGAGAGGUCUAUGCCAGCUAAAAAGGCGGAGGCCCAGCCAAACCUUCUUCGUCGCUCUUCAAUCCCCAGACUGAAGCCCAAAGCUCCCUCCCCUAAGCCUGAAGACGAAUUCGAAAGACUUUACGGAGAAAUAGCUGACAGCCCUACCGAUAUAGACAUUAGCUUACUAAACAACAAAGUGGAUGACCCUGAGAAAGUCGAAGAUUGUUUUGAGGAAAUAAUACAUGCGUACGAUGAGAAGAAAGCAGAGUUAAUUGAUGUAGAUAAGCUACAAAACAACAAUGAUAAUAACGUUACUGUUGAAAAGAAAAAACAGUCGAAAAUUCCGAUGCUCAAACGCAAGAGUGAAGCGGAAAUUGAAGUCCCCAAAAGUGAACAAAUGGACAGCAAAAGUAUUCCUUCUGGUGAUAAGAAUAAAGUCCGAGAUUCAGUGGCAAAAGUAAAAGAAGCUAGCGAUAUAAAACCUUCAAGAAUAGCUGUGACUAAGAAAAAUUUUGAUAAUGAUAACUUGAAAUUAAAAACUACAUACCAAAGAGUCAAAAGCGUGACUAGGGAUGGACCAAAACAUGAAUUGCAAAUAGAAAAUAUCGUUCAAGUAUCAAUGGAACAAGAUAUCAGUCCAGAUAACUUUAUAAACAUUGACAACGUAAGUGCUAGCGAACCAAUAGAAUCGAGUGUUGAAAUAGUCGAAAUGUCACCAGUUUUGGAAACAAUUAGUCCAAAUAGCGAAAAUUCACUACCGUACAUUGUAGAAGUAAUCGAAUCGCCAACAAUAGUCGAACUACAAAGCAGUGCCAUAGAAAUUGAGGAGGCGACCGAAUAUGAACCAAAAGUAGAUGUAAAUAAGGCAGAUAAUGUAACUGAAAACAAAACACCAGUCGAUCCUAUCAAAGUUAUAUCUAUGGACCGGUUUCAGAAUUUAAUUCAAGAAAAAACAAAAGAAAACGAUAAAUUUAAACCUGUCAUAGAAAAAUAUAGAAAUGGAUCUACACAUCACAAUAAUAACGAAGUUAUUAGUGCACCUAAAGACAUACUUAGAAUAGAAAAAGAUGUUUUAGGGACUACUUCAGACGUAGAAAAUAAAAAAGAGUUUACUAAGCCAGUUUUACGAAAAACCGUUAAACCAGAACCAAAGAAAGAAUCAAAUGAUGAAGAAGACAACGGUGUUAAAUAUAAAUCGGUGUUGUCUAAAAUUGCUAUGUUUGAGCAGCAACGUCCAGAUGAUAAAUCUCAAGCUGGUAUCAGACCAAAACCAGCAGUGCGGUGUGCAUACAGACGCAGACUAGCCGAAGAACAAGAAGAUCUUGAAACAAGUGCCUCUAAAACCACUCAAGGUGUUGAUGAUGACUUACAUAAAAAACCAGCUCCUCCAACGAGUAAAGUCCCACAUUUUGAGCCUAGUGAAGAUCAUAUUAGUUCCAAACCAAUCAUAGUCAGCGAAAUCAUCAAAACUGUAGAUAAACCAGCCAAAAAUGAACCUUAUUACGAAGUUAAUAACAACACAUUCAAUACAGAUAACUUGAGAAUAUCUAGAAUGGAAAUCAAGACAGAAGAAGUUGCAGUGUCAAUUGCAGUAGAAGAAAAUAUACCGGAAAAUGAAACCGUGCAGAUUGAAUUGAUAAGUGAAGUGAAAGAUGUGUCUCCUUUAAUUUUGUCAAGAGAUGAGAGAGUAAAAAAGCAUUUACCAAACAGAUACUACUCUUUUGAAGUAGACUAUUCUCCAGAUAGCUCUUUAACAUACGAAAAACCUAACGAAAUUGAAAUAAAAUCUUUAACAUCCACCGAAAUUGAGUACGCUGCGCCUUUGAAUGAUGUGCUUGAACCUAAAGUAAAUCUAGCAAAAGAAACCAACAAACCUAAGUAUCAAAAUAUAAGAAGAGACCCAAAGGAAUCGCCAUUCGAUUUUACUCCCAAAUCUCAUAAAAAUAACAACAAUAAUCGAAAGAUAGACACAGUGAUGAGCACGGAAGAUGUAAUAAAUGCUUACAAAGCGAGAUCACAGGACAAUUUGAAGAAAGCAAAAUCUACAGCUGAUUUAGACUUAGGCGAUGCGGUGAAGGGUAAAGUGCAAGAUUUGAUUGUAAGGAUGAAGUCUGUGGACAGAAGUGUGGAGAAGAAGGAUGUGAUCAACCCAAAGGAAAGACCGAGGAAGAAGUCAGUAUCGGAGAAGAUAGCACUUUUUGAGGGCUUCCUCACGAUCGGCACUAUGACUCACGUCACUCGUGAGGAGCAGAAGCGUAUAGAGACUGCUCGUCAAGCUGCCGAUUUAGCUGAAGAACAGGCUCGCGAACAGGCUCGCGAACGUGCUCGCGCCGAACGCGCGCGCGCCGAGCACGAGCGAGCUGAAGAAGAAUAUAAUACGAAACUUAAAGAGUUACAAGAGGGGAAAGAAACUUAUGGGAGAAGAGAAAUUAUGCCAACGAUGGAAUUGAGUGAUGGAUCCAAAAUGCCGAUCUUGGCUGUUGGGACUGCACUGCUGGACCCACGUCUGGCGCCCAACAUCAUAGCCACGGCCAUCGACCUAGGAUACCGGGCCAUAGACACGGCUUUCAUCUAUGGCAAUGAAGCGGCUGUGGGACAAGGAAUUAAGAUGAAGAUCGAUGACGGAACUAUACAGAGGUCCGACCUGUUCGUGAUCUCCAAGCUCUGGAGCACCUUCCACCGCACCGACCUGGUGGAGACGGCCUGCCGGCGGUCGCUGGAGGCCCUCGGGCUGGACUACAUUGACUUGUACCUGAUACACAACCCUAUGUCUUUUAAGGAAGGUGCGGAUCCGAUCCCAACUGUAGCAAAAGUAGUCCAGUACUCAGACCACGACUUCCUGGACGCCUGGUACGGGAUGGAAGACCUGGUCUCCAAGGGGCUGGUCAAAAGCAUCGGGGUCAGCAACUUCAACUCUUCACAACUUCAGAAGAUCCUGGACAAGGCCCGGAUUAAGCCCGUGGUGAACCAGGUCGAAUGCCACCCCUACCUGUCCCAGCAGCGCCUAUACAACUUCUGCGACGAGCGUAACAUCAAGCUGUCCUGCUUCGGCGUCCUGGGCUCCAAGGGAACCCCUGCUGAGUACAAGAACACCACCGCUUCUGCUAUAGAUGACGCGCUGGUGAAGGUGACUGCUGCUGGCAUGGACGGGGAUGUCAGCCCAGCUCAAGUGCUGAUCAGAUACCAGAUACAGUCUGACCACGCGGUGGUAGUGAAGGCUUCCACCGCGAAGCACAUGUGGGACAACCUGAAGGCUCUGGACAUCCAGCUGACUGAGAGCCACAUGGACGCGCUGCGGUCGCUGAACCGGAACAAGCGCACCUUCGCUUUUAAGGGGAUGGGCGACACCCACAAAAACUACCCGUUCCACGCAGCAUUUUAAGAG